AGACAGAAAAGAGAGAAAAUUAAAAUCAAUAAUUCAAUCAGAAAAUCAAAACACGAAUUUGAGGCUGAAUGAUAAAUUAUGCAAUUGUGCCAAUUGUGCAUUAAGUAUGAUUCUAUUGUUGUGUGUGUGUUAUUUGUGUCAUUGCAGUUACAGUUACAGUUGAUAAAUUCAAAUGUUUAUGCUUGACAUUUGCAUUUGUGGUUGUUGUUGCUGUUGCCGUUGUUGUUGCUGUCGUUGUUUUUGUGGUUGCUGUUGGAAAAAUGGAACAGGAGAUUGGCACCUGGGACUCGGUGCUGUUGGAAAACCUCUCCGAGGAUAGUUUCAUAAACAACAUACAUCAGCGUUACAAACGCGAUCAUAUAUAUACCUAUAUAGGCACUUCAGUUGUGGCUUUGAAUCCAUAUCAUCACAUAUCGGAGCAUUCGUUGGAAAUUAUACGCGACUAUGGCAAUAAAGGCAUCUUUCAGCUGCCACCACACAUCUAUGGGCUUACAAACCUGGCUUAUCAGUCGCUCAAGGAUCAGAGCGAGGAUCAGUGUGUGCUGCUCACGGGCGAAGGUGGCGCUGGCAAAACGGAGACCUUCAAAAUGAUUGUCAAUUUCCUAACACACAUCCAGGACAAAUCCCAGGCGAAUGCGUUGCGUAAACAAUCCUCGAGCAGUUCAGCAAGUGGCAUUAUAUUGCCAGCUCAUCCAAGAUCAACGAGUAGUUGCUCCGGCAAUGCCAAUUUUAUAAUAUGCAAGAGCAAUGCAAUGAAUUCACGUCGCCAGUCGCCUUCACCGGGUCCGUGUACGGUUGCGGGUCCUGGUGCUUCUCCAUCAGCCACGCAGCGUUCCCGAUCGCACACGGAGAGCAUUGAGCGACAGGCGCGACGCAAUCAGCGUGAAAAAUAUGUCGACUUUGAUUUCUCGCAUCACAAAAGCACCGAAAAUAUAAGCACACUGUUGGAAUCAACAGCAACAACUGCCACGCCCACGGCCACGCCCAUGCUGACGCCCACACCGAUGCCUGGUCAUUUGCAUCCAACGAAAUCCUGCUUUAAGCAUCAACAGACACAAGUAAACAGCUGCACUGCCAACGUCUCCAGGUUGACAUCGAAGCAUUUGCACGCUGCAGGUUGUCGUCAGUGUGGACACAGCAAAUGCACACGCGCCCAGAGCUUGGAGAAGGAGGAACGUGAUGCCGCAUUGCAAAUGCUACGCGGCAGCAACAAUCGCCUGCCUCUGUCAUCCUCCGCUGCCACUGCCCAAUCCCAACUGCAGCGCGGCAGUUGCUCCAAUCUGGUGAGACAACACUCAACGGAGAGUCAACCGGAGCGACAACAAUCAAUCUCCAUGGGUUCCACGCAACGCAUCUCGCUCUAUGAUGCACACAAGUUGAGCAAAGUUCUUGGCAGCAGUUCCAUUUCUCCAACGCCUUCAGCCAGCUCAUCGCUGCAUCGACGCCACAAGUCGCCCAGUCAACGUUUAAGGGAAUGCGUCACCUGCGCGGAUGUCUUUCUCGAGGCCAUGGGCAAUGCCUGCACCUUGAAGAACAACAACUCCAGCAGAUAUGGCAAACUCUUUGAUAUUGAAAUUGACUUCAAGGGCGAUCCCAUGGGCGUACACAUAACCCACUAUAUGCUGGAAAAGACUCGCAUUACGGAUACCGUGAUUGGAGAGCGCAAUUUUCACAUAUUUUAUCAGCUGCUGUUGGGCGCGGAUCUGCAGCUAUUAAAAUCAUUGAAACUUUUUCGCAAUGUGGAGAAGUAUGAACUGCUUCGCAAUACAACUGCCAUUGAAGAGGAUCGUACCAAUUUUCAUUACACAAAGCGCUCUUUGGAUGUGCUCGGCCUGAGCUGUGAUGAGAUCAACUCAAUUUUUCGUGUUAUUGCCGUGGUAUUGAAGCUGGGAAACUUUAUUUUUGUGCCCGUAACGAAUAUUGAUGGCACCGAAGGCUGUCAGAUCUCCAAUGUUUAUGAGGUGCAGGAGACGGCACAGCUGCUCAAUUUGGAAGCUCAAAUUUUAAUCAAUUGCCUGACGAGAGCGAACAGCACGAGCAGCACACAGGAGGAUGUGGGCUGUGAAAUGGAUGCCAGACAGGCAGCCAGCUAUCGGAACACACUCUGCCGUACACUGUACAGUCGUCUAUUCACCUGGCUGGUCAACAAGAUCAAUGAGACACUCAAAUCAACGCAGCGUGAAAAGAAUCUUGCCUUGCUUGACUUUUAUGGCUUUGAGGUGCUCGAUCAUAAUUCGUUUGAACAGUUUGCCAUUAACUACAGCGCUGAGAAAACGCAUCAGAACUUUGUUUUUAAUGUUUUGCGUUCGGAGCAAGAGCUGUAUUUGCGGGAAGGUUUGGAAUGGUCGCGCAUUGAUUACUUUGAUAACGAGUCCAUUUGCGAGCUGAUUGAUAAGCCCAGCUAUGGCAUCUUGAGUCUGAUCAAUGAGCCACAUCUGAGCAGCAAUGAGGCGCUUCUGCUGCGUGUCCAACAGUGUUGUGCGGGUCAUCCCAAUUUCAUGACCAGCGGCAGCAAUUCCAUGUGCUUUCAAAUACGUCACUUUGCCAAUGUUGUGAACUACUCGAUACAUCGCUUUCUGGAGAAGAAUUCGGACAUGUUGCCCAAGUAUAUAAGCACAGGAUUUUAUCAGAGCAAACUGUCGCUGGUGCAGAGUCUCUUCCCAGAGGGGAAUCCCCGCAGACAGCCGAGCAAAAAGCCGACAACACUCAGCUCGAAUAUACGAACGCAGCUGCAAACAUUGCUGGCAAUUGUGAAGCAUCGUCGUGCCCAUUAUGUGUUCUGCAUUAAGCCCAAUGAGUGCAAGCAGUCGCAUCAGUUUGACAUGGCGCUGGUGCAGCAUCAGGUGCGUUACAUGUCACUGAUGCCGCUGGUGCAUCUCUGCCGCACCGGACACUGUUAUCAUCUGCCGCACUCGAAGUUCUUUCAUCGCUACAAGCUGCUCAAUAGUCUCACCUGGCCGCAUUUCCAUGGCGGCAGUCAAGUGGAGGGCAUUGCUUUAAUCAUACGCAAUCUGCCGCUGCCCUCGGCCGAAUUUACACUGGGCACCAAAAAUGUGUUCGUGCGCAGUCCGCGCACUGUUUAUGAGCUGGAACAGUUUCGCCGUCUGCGCAUCUCCGAGCUGGCCGUGCUCAUCCAGAAGAUGUUCCGCAUGUAUCAUGCGAGGAAACGCUAUCGACUCAUGCGGCACAGCCAAAUGGUCAUCUCGAGUGCGUGGCGCACGUGGCGUGAGUGCCGCUUUGGCAUUCCCUUCACGGGCCGUAGGCACUUGUGGAGUUUAUAUCGUGUUGCGCGUGAGGAAUAUCGUACACUAAAAUACAAGCGACAAGUCAAAUGGGCCGUCGAUGUGAUUGCCAGAUAUUAUCAUCAGUGGAAGAUACGACAAUAUUUGCUCACAAUUCCAUUGCGUCUGCCGCCAAAUACGUUGAGUCCCCUCUCUUCCGAGUGGCCAGCGGCACCGAAUUUUCUGCAGGAUGCAUCGCGUCUCCUACGCGCCAUAUAUCAUCGCUGGAAGUGCUAUAUAUAUCGCAAUUCAUUCGAUCAGACGGCACGCAAUCGCAUGAGAGAAAAGGUGACUGCCAGCAUUAUAUUCAAGGAUCGCAAGGCUUCCUAUGCGCGCAGCGUGGCACAUCCUUUUGUGGGCGACUAUGUGAGAUUGCGACACAAUCAGCAGUGGAAAAAGAUUUGUGCAGAGACCAAUGAUCAAUAUGUAGUUUUUGCGGAUAUAAUUAACAAGAUAGCACGCUCCAGUGGGAAGUUUGUGCCCAUUUUGUUGGUGUUGUCCACAUCGUCGUUGCUUCUGUUGGAUCAGCGCACGCUGCAAAUCAAGUAUCGAGUGCCUGCCUCGGAGAUUUAUCGCAUGUCUCUGAGCCCUUACCUAGAUGACAUUGCCGUCUUUCACGUCAAGGCGUCGGAAUUUGGUCGCAAAAAGGGCGAUUUCGUAUUCCAAACGGGACAUGUCAUUGAGAUUGUCACUAAAAUGUUUCUGGUCAUUCAAAAUGCCACAGGCAAACCGCCAGAGAUACACAUAAGCACAGAAUUCGAGGCGAACUUUGGACAACAGACGGUCAUCUUCUCAUUUAAAUACGGCGGCAUGUCGGAUUUGGCACAAGGGCCGCCAAAGGUCACGCGCAAGGCAAAUCGCAUGGAGAUUAUUGUAUGAUCAUCGAUCAAUGUCAUGAUCUGGGAUCACGAUCAGGAUCAGGAUCAGCAUCAGGGUCCAGCUGGGAGGAACAAACUCAACAUUUUAAAAUUCAAUUUAUUGUUUACUGUAUGCACUGUGUUUUUUUUAAGGUCUCUCUGACUUGGUCCACGGGACCAAAAAACGAUUUUAGCCAUAUUCAAAUACAGAGGAAAAACUUUAAUUGAUUUGCUCACAACUGACAAUCAGUCUUAGAAAAUUUGUUGUCAAAAUUGUGCCAAAAAAAAAAAACAAAAAAAACAAAAAACUUACUUUUAUGAAAAACUGCAAACAUUUCUUUCACAUUAAAUAUAUGUAAUGUUAUAAUGUAAUUAAAUUAAGUAACAGUAACUAAUGAAACGAAAUGAACAACUGAAUUUAUUUAACUAAUUUGUCGACACUAGGUUUAGUUUUAAGUAAAGCACCAAAAGUCGAUUAGCAUUGCAACAAACAACUAAAUAAAAAGAAAAAAAAAACAAAACAAAA